AUGAAGUGGUCUACUACAACCCUCCUCAGCCUGUGCCUGGCCUCCUCGGCCGUGGCUGUGGCCGUCCCCUUUGCCCAGGACGGCGCAACCUACCAGUGCCAUGCCACUUGUGGUAACAUGAUUCUGGAUGCCCGAAAGUGCGCCGACGGUGACUCCUGGAACAGAGACUGUCUGUGUGACAACGGCACUCCCUUUGAGCAGGCCCGAGACCCUUGUCUGGAGUGUGGCUCCACUCUGUGGAACGAUUACGGCAAGUACCUUGAGCCUCCUCUUGCCUUCUGCGGCUUCCCCACCAAGCCCGUCGAUCCUAACGCUGCCUCUUCUUCUGCCGCCCCUGAGUCUUCUGCUGCUCCCGAGACUUCUUCUGCUGCUCCCGAGACUUCUUCUGCUGCUCCCGAGACUUCUUCCGCUGCUCCCGAGACUUCUUCUGCUGCUCCCGAGUCUUCCGCUGCUCCCGAGACCUCCGCAGAGGCCACCCCUGCUACUACCGAGCCUACCUCUGCUUCUCCUGCCUCUUCUGCCGCUUCUGCCACUCCCACUUAUGACCCCUGCCACCCCAUUUGCGGCAACCUGAUUCUCUCUGCUCGACGAUGUGCCGACGGAGAUUCGUGGAACAAGGACUGUCUGUGUAACGAGGGAACCAACUUCCACGACAAUGCACCCAACUGUCUUGCUUGUGGAGCCGGUAUCUGGCCUCAGUACGGUCAGUACCUCGAGGGCCCUCUUGCUUUCUGUGGUCUUCCUACCGCCCCUCAGGGUCUUGUUGAGUCUACCUCUCCCGCUAGCUCUUCUGCCGCUCCCCAGUCUUCUGCCCCUGCCGAGUCUUCUGCUCCUGCCGAGUCUUCUGCCCCUGCCGAGACCUCCGCCGCCGCCGAGUCUUCCGCCGCCGCCGAGUCUUCCGCUGUUCCUCAGACUACUGUUGCCCCCGUCAACUCCACUGCCCCUGUUGAGUCUUCUGCCGCCCCUACCAACGUCCCUGUGUCCUCUCAGCUCCCCGUGAACUCCACUGAGGCCCCUGAGGAAUCCACCACCGCCCCUAUCACCGCCGCUCCCACCCCCACCUCUGGCCAUGUCCACAACUCCACCGUGACUGGCACCGAGCACACCACUAUCACCACCACCCAGACUGUCACUUACUGUGACGAGGGAUGCCACCAGACCGAGGUCACCAUCACAACCGUCGUGCCCGUCACCCACACCGUCACCACCUGCCCCACCGUCAUUGAGGGUAAGACUGUGACCGUUGUUGUUCCUUGCGAGAUCACCAGCACCGAGGUCAAGCCUACUCCCACCGAGAGCUCUGAGAAGCCUCAGACCGAGAAGCCUGCUCCUAAGCCUCAGCCCACUGAGUCGAAGCCUGCUGCUUCUCCUAAGCCUGAGUCUUCCAAGCCUGCUCCUGCUCCCAAGCCCGAGUCUUCCAAGCCUGCUCCUGCUCCCCAGCCUGAGUCCUCUAAGCCUGCUCCUGCUCCUAAGCCCGAGUCUUCUGCUCCUGCCACCAAGCCUCAGCCUACUGCUGCCCCCAAGCCUCAGCCUGAGCAGCCUUCCAAGCCCGAGACUCCCGCUGCCAAGCCCGAGCAGUCCUCCCCUGCUCCUCAGCAGCCUUCUGUCAAGCCCGAGCAGUCCUCCCCUGCUCCUCAGCAGCCUUCUGUCAAGCCUGAGCCUGCCCCUGCUCCUCAGCAGUCUGGACAGCCCCAGAAGCCUGGCAACGGCGGUUCUCCUUCCCAACCCGCUCAGGCCCAGCCUUCUGCUUCCACCCCUCAGCAGGCCAACUCCGGCUCCAAGCUCUCCGUCGGCGCCUCCAUUGUCGCCGGCGCUCUCCUCGCUGCUCUCAUUUAA